CAUCUUCCCCAAUGCUCUUCACUUUCUUCUUCUGCUUUCUUCCCUCAGACCCCAAAAUCACAGAUUCUACCUUUUGAUGCAAAUGGGAUCAACCUACCAACCCUAGAAUCACAGACUCAGCAAGAUUCCUUUCAAACCACCCACUUCAAUUAUGGCAGCAUUUGCCACUACCCAUUACUUCAAGGCCUUAACUUUCACCAUUUUAGUCCUCAAAACCCUUGCUUUUGACCCAAUUCCCUUGUUUUCUUUUGCUGAUUUUGGAAAAGAUCCAAAAUUUAAGCCCAAUGUAGCCCUUUAUGGUAAUGCAAAGGUUGUCAAUGUUGGGUCUGGGAUUCAUUUCUCUGGUUCUGGUGGAAGUUCAAACGCUAGAAAAGUCUUAUACAAGAAACCCAUCAAGCUUGUUCAAGGUAAACCAAGGGAAUUACUAUCCUUUUCCACUUACUUUGCAUUUUCAAUGUCCUUGGAUAAUGGGGGUGGUUUGGCUUUUGUAAUGAUUCCAAAGGGUUCUGAAGGUGAUGUUUUUUAUCAAAGUUCUUCUGGGUAUCCUUUUGAAUUGAAUAGUAGAAAAUUUGAAGUUAUUGGUGUUGUGUUUAGUGCUUCAAAGGGUGGUAAAAAUGAGGUUUCUACUGAUUAUAAUGUGGCCAUGAAUGUGGGUAAAGCUAAUGUAAGUAACACCUACUCUAUCAAUUUGGCUCUAAAAAGUGGAGAAAAAUUGCAUGCUUGGAUUGAUUAUGAAGCAAGUUCAAGACGCUUAGAAGUCAGAUUGAGUCACCAUGGUUAUUCAAAACCUUCUGAUCCAUUGUUAUGGCACUUGAUUGACUUGUCAAAUGAAUUGAAAGAGAAAGAGAUGUUUGUGGGUUUUAGUUCUGUGAAGGGGAAAGGUUCUCAAGCAUGCUUUCUCCAUUCAUGGAGCUUUGUUCUUGGGCAUUUUCCUCAUUCAAUGCAUUCAGAGCCUUUGGAUCCUAAGGUUUUUGUUAAAAACACUGAAACUCCUGUGGUUAAGCCAAGGAGUGAUUGCUUUUUAAGAGUUCUUGCUGCAAUGAUAUUUGGUACUGGAUGUGGAGCACUGACAGCAUUUAUUGUUCUUUAUUUGUGGACCAUAUUUGGUAAUAGAGGUGCAGUGGUGCCAGAAGAGUCUGUUAAGCAACCUGUAGAUGUUGAGUAUAGGAAAGUCAAAAUUGUUGUAGAUAAGACCAUCGAAGAUGGUAAGAAGUAGAUCUUCAUGAGGGGAACAGGUUUGAAGCUUGUGUUUGUAAAUUUAGUUCGUCUUGUAUUUAGGUUUUCUAUUCUAUUUGUAGUCUGGCAAAGAACUACUAUAUGUCUUUUGUUUUUCAGACAUUGUCUACUGUUGUUUAUCAAAUGAGAUUGAUAUCCAAAUUUGUUAA